AUGCUGGCCUGCAUCGCGUGCGUCAAGGAAGAAGGGGGCGGCCGGGACCGGGACCGCGAGGACGGCGGCGCGCGCUCGGGUGGCGGCGGCGGCGGCGGCGGCGGCGACACCCCGACAUGCAGAGACCCCGUCAAGUCGCUCACCUCCCAGCUCAAGGACAUGGUGCUGAAGCUGUCCGGCACGCACCGGCAGCAUGGCGCGCAGCACAGGCGCGGCGGGUCGCCGCCACCUCGGGGCCGGGCCACCUCCCUGUACCGCAGCGGCUACUACCGCCCCGGCGUGGUGCAGGACGACAUGGCCGUGCCCCCGGCCACGUACCUGGGCGGCAGCGCCGGCGUCACCGGCGCGUCGAGCGCGAGCUCCACGCCGGCGUGGGACCUGCCCGGCCGCGUGGACGGCGAGGCCAGGGAGUGGGUGGCGCAGGUGGAGCCCGGCGUGCAGAUCACCUUCGUGUCCCUCCCCGGCGGCGCCGGCAACGACCUCAAGCGCAUCCGGUUCAGUCGCGAGAUGUACGACAAGUGGCAGGCGCAGAAGUGGUGGGGCGACAACAACGAGCGCAUCAUGGAGCUCUACAACGUCCGGCGCUUCAGCCGACAGGUGCUCCCCACGGCGCCGCGCUCCGACGACGGCGAGAGGGAGUCGUUCUACUCGCAGUCUCAGGCGGGGUCGAUGAUAGGGAGCCCCGUGGCCACCCCGUCGCCGGCGCCACUCACGCCGGAGAGGAUCAGCUGGGGCGCGUUCGCGCGGCAGGUGGCGGCGCCGCCAGCAGGCGCCACGGGCGGCGCCGCGCGGCAGCACAGCUUCCGGCCGAUGUCACCGCCGCCGCCAUCCUCUUCCAACCCUUCGGAGCGGGCCUGGCAGCAGCACCAGCAGCAGCAGCAACAGAGCGGUGGUGGAGCGGCCGGCAAGAGCCCCGCCGCCUCCGAGGCCGCCACCGCUACAGAAGCGGCGCGGACGACCACGUCGUCCAGGGACGACGUGUCCGUCAGCAACGCCAGCGAGCUGGAGGUGACGGAGUGGAUCAUCCAGGACCAGCCCGGCGUGUACAUCACCGUCCGGGAGCUCGCCGACGGCAGCCGGGAGCUGCGCCGCGUCAGGUUCAGCCGCGAGAGGUUUGCGGAGCUGAAUGCCAAGGUGUGGUGGGAGGAGAACAAGGAGAGGAUACAGGCUCAGUACCUUUGA